AUGGCCUACCACAGUUAUACACCCAGGGACCAUGUUGGAAUCCAGAGACUUCCCUCAGGCAUCUUCAUCAAUGCCCAUCAGUUCGAUCCACCUCCAGACAUCGGGAAUGCUCAGCAUCCGACCGUCAAUUAUGUCCAGCCUCCGCUGGCAGAGUUCCGCAUUGCGCCGCACAGAGUUACGGCUGAGGAUAGAGAGCUUUACCUCCCGCUGCUGGAGGUCGCUGUAGAUGUGGAGGUGGAUGCAACGAUUGCCAGGACAAAAUUGAUGCAGACUUUUACGAACAAUGCCACCCAUCCUAUCAAAGAAGCCAAAUACUGCUUCCCAUUGUACGAUGGCUCUGCAGUCAUUUCGUUCUCCUGUCGCAUCGGCAAUGAGAGGUUAUUGAAGGGUGUGGUAAAGGCGAAAGAAGAGGCAAAAUCCGACUACCAGGGAGCUAUCGUCCGUCAACGUGUCGCGGCACUUCUAGAAGAGCAUACGCCGGAAGUCUUCGAAACCAGCCUCGGGAACAUCCCGGCUCAAACAACCGUCAGAGUGGAAGUCUGUUACAUCACUGAGUUGAAAGCCGACCUUUCUAGCGAAGGACUUCUGGUCACAGUGCCCACCUCAGUGGCGCCCCGUUACGGCAUGCCCCCAGCCGGUUGUACUUCAACCGGCAGCUCGACAGUAAUUCCAGCGGAGGAGAGUCUAGAGAUACAGGUAGCAGUCAGUUCCCCGGUGCCAAUACGCAAGCUCGAGUGCCGAACCCAUCCUGUGUCAGUAGAGCUCGGGUCUCAAGGCCAUCCAACCCCGGUAAAGAGUUUCAAGGCUUUGUCAACACCUGGAUUUGAUCCCAAGAAGGCUCGAGCGAGCCUGUCUAGCCGCACAGCAUCUCUUGGCAGAGACUUCGUGCUGCUCAUAGUGACAGCGGGAGCGGACUGGAUGGCUUCACGCGCUCUCCUUGAGCCGCAUCCGGUUCGACCUGAUCACUCGGCGAUGAUGGUCUCCAUCACGCCCCGUGAUUUCUUCCAACCGAACGUAACGACACAGUGUUCCCCCACCGAGAUCAUAUUCGUGGCGGAUCGCUCGGGUUCCAUGGAAGACAAGAUUGGGGCUUUAAAGACUGCGAUGCGGGUACUCUUGAGAAGCCUUCCGGAAAGCAGCAGGUUCAACAUCUGUUCUUUUGGAUCGGCACAUUCACUGCUAUGGCCGAAGUCAAUGCCAUAUAACCAAGAGAAUGUCGAUGCAGCCUCCAAUUAUGUCUCGAGUUCGUUUUGUGCCGACAUGGGAGGCACAGAGCUCCUGUCAGCUCUCAAGAGCGCCGUGGAACAGCGGAACGAAGAUAACAUAAACACGGAGGUAAUCGUUAUCACCGACGGAGAGGUGUGGCAACCUGAACAGGUCAUAGAAUUCGUGCGGUUGGCCAGAACGAAGGCAGAAGAAAGAGUUCGAUUCUUUGCCCUAGGAAUCGGUGAUGCAGUAUCACAUCAGCUCAUUGAAGGCAUUGGUCGACAAGGCGGCGGCCUAGCCGAGGUUGUCGCUAUAGAUGCACCAGGAAGAUGGGAAUCAAGAGUGAUCGGUAUGUUGAAAGCUGCCUUGACUCCAGACCGUUGGAAAGUUGAGAUUGGCUUGGAAGGCGUAUCGCAAGGUCCGAUUCAUGACGAACACGACAUCGAUGCACGGAACGACAAUCUGCCUACCUGUAUCCAGGCUCCAUACCGAAUUCCCUUAUUGCAUGCUUUCACGCGCUUGUUGGUGUACUUUUUCCUCAGCAAAGCCUGUGACCCGAGGGCAGUGAAAGUACGAGCGACAUCGUCGACCGGGGUCGAAGUUUCCGUCAGUCUAAUCAUUGAAAGGACUGAGUCGAAGCAUCCUUUGAUCCAUCACCUAGCCGCCAAUGCCCUUAUGAACGAUCUCGAAGCCGGGGAAAGCUGGUUGCACAACAAGAUGCCGGUGAUGGAUAGCGAUGGGCUCCCAAUGAAACUCAACGAGGCUGUUCGGAGAGCGGCACAGCGCCUAGGAACGGAAUGGUCGAUUUCUUCCAAGUGGACCAGUUUUGUCGCAGUGGACGAUACUAACAAGGUGCAAAACUUCACACGCUUAUACCAUGCCGAACAGUCAGAUUUGUCUGACUUAACGAGGCCAAGACUCGGUGACCUGGCACCGAGCGGCGAGAAGCGCCUACGACACGUGACACGCGGGCUCAUUGCAUCCACAGGCCCGUCCUACCCUCAGCUGCUUUGUUUUGGGGAGAGCAAUCCACCACCCGCAUUUGCAAAUGCUCGAUCCGCCGAAGCUGAUUCGAGAGACGCAGUACCUACCCUCCAGCCUAGAACUGCUUGGCCGCCGACAGUGUGUAGAUCUUUCUCAAGGGAGAAGAAGGAGGCGGCGCAGGAGGAGGCGCAGGAGGAGGAUGAGGGGAAGGAGGAGGAAGGUGAGGCGAGGGGGGAGGAAGAGGAAGGAGCGUACGUUAGAAGCCCUCCGGAAUCCAGAUUUUUCGGAAGUGGGUACUUUGUUGCCCUGGGCGGACCUGCAAAGGACGACUCCGCAUCUGAUGACCGCAUCGAGUACGACUGCAACAUGGAUUGGGAGGCUCGAGACGAAGGUUCAGACUAUGAUUUCGCAAUGGACAAAAGUGGCACGCUCUCCAUACUAUCCGACCCGUCUAGCACGCUCCUCGAAGAUUUGCUCAGCUCCCAACGGAUCUCUGGUGAACUCACUACCACUUCUCAACAGUGGCAGAGCCUACAAAGUUGCUUCAACGAGCGUGUAUUGGAGAAGUUACGCGAGUUUAUCCGGACCGAUGCGAGACUCUCAAGCAAGUCCCUUGGAUCUCCCUUAGACUCGCUGCCGGACCCACUGCUACCGCUUCUUCGAACCAUCAUAGCACUUGUGUACAUCCAGGAAAGUUGCGCAGCUGAUGAACAGAUGUGGACGUUCGUUGUUCAGAAGGCAUGGAAGUGGGUGGAAGAGAACAUUGAUGAUGAGGAAGUAAGGAAGGAACUCUACGCAAUUGCGUCGAGGGAACAACGGAGCACCAAUGCGGCGUAG